UAAGAAAAGUAACCACACAUAUGCAAACUAGAAAAUUAAAUAUAAGUGAUGGAUGUCGUUGCUGCUAUGAUCAUUUUGAGCAUCAGCAUAUUGUUGAUGAGCAAUGUAGUUGCAGCGAAUGCUUCAAACUCGAGCAGAGAAUUGGAGGCGUUGAUGGAUUUCAGGUGGCCUUAUAUCAACUCCACUGCUCAUCACUGUCGGUGGAAAGGCAUCACCUGUGAUGAUGAUGGCCGCGUUGCAGAGAUAAGCCUGCAGUCUCAUGUAGGAUGCUAUGGUGAUGAUGAUGAACCUUGGGGGUGUCACGAUCUUGGCUGUUUGGAUCCGCUUGUUUUCACAUCUCUCACUAGCAUUCAUCUGAGCUCGUGUGGUCUCUAUGGAGUUAUCCCACCACACAUAGGUUACCUCUCCAACCUAUCGUAUCUCAAUUUCUCGAAUAAUCUACUCAAUUCCCAACUGCCUCUUUCAUUGGCAAAUCUGAGUGAGUUACGCGUUCUACACAUUUCUCAUAACUAUGGUGUUUAUGGUAGCAUUCCACCUGAGAUAGGAAGCUUAUCAGAACUAACUCAUCUCGAUUUGUCCUACAAUCGACUCAAGGGUGAGUUGCCUCUUUCACUUUCAAAUCUCACUAAAUUGGAGAUACUUGACAUUUCUUCUAAUAACUUUUCUAGUGGCAUUCCACCUGAGAUAGGAAGCUUAUCAGAACUAACUCGUCUCUAUUUAGCUAACAAUCGACUCGAGGGUGAGUUGCCUCUUUCACUGUCAAAUCUCACUAAAUUGGAGAUACUUGACAUUUCUUCUAAUAACUUUUCUGGUGGCAUUCCACCUGAGAUAGGAAGCUUAUCAGAACUAACUCAUCUCGAUUUGUCUGGGAAUAGCCUUGGGGGUGAGUUGCCUCUUUCACUUUCAAAUCUCACUAAAUUGGAGAUACUUGACAUUUCUUCUAAUUACUUUUCUGGUGGCAUUCCACCUGAGAUAGGAAGCUUAUCAGAACUAACUCGUCUCUAUUUAGCUAGCAAUCGACUCGAGGGUGAGUUGCCUCUUUCACUGUCGAAUCUAACUAAAUUGGAGAUACUUGACAUUUCUUCUAAUAACUUUUCUGGUGGCAUUCCACCUGAGAUAGGAAGCUUAUCAGAACUAACUCAUCUCGAUUUGUCUGGGAAUAGCCUUGGGGGUGAGUUGCCUCUUUCACUUUCAAAUCUCACUAAAUUGGAGAUACUUGACAUUUCUUCUAAUAACUUUUCUGGUGGCAUUCCACCUGAGAUAGGAAGCUUAUCAGAACUAACUCAUCUCGAUUUGUCUGGGAAUAGCCUUGGGGGUGAGUUGCCUCUUUCACUUUCAAAUCUCACUAAAUUGGAGAUACUUGACAUUUCUUCUAAUAACUUUUCUGGUGGCAUUCCACCUGAGAUAGGAAGCUUAUCAGAACUAACUCGUCUCUAUUUAGCUAGCAAUCGACUCGAGGGUGAGUUGCCUCUUUCACUGUCGAAUCUAACUAAAUUGGAGAUACUUGACAUUUCUUCUAAUAACUUUUCUGGUGGCAUUCCACCUGAGAUAGGAAGCUUAUCAGAACUAACUCAUCUCGAUUUGUCUGGGAAUAGCCUUGGGGGUGAGUUGCCUCUUUCACUUUCAAAUCUCACUAAAUUGGAGAUACUUGACAUUUCUUCUAAUAACUUUUCUGGUGGCAUUCCACCUGAGAUAGGAAGCUUAUCAGAACUAACUCAUCUCGAUUUGUCUGGGAAUAGCCUUGGGGGUGAGUUGCCUCUUUCACUUUCAAAUCUCACUAAAUUGGAGAUACUUGACAUUUCUUCUAAUAACUUUUCUGGUGGCAUUCCACCUGAGAUAGGAAGCUUAUCAGAACUAACUCGUCUCUAUUUAGCUAGCAAUCGACUCGAGGGUGAGUUGCCUCUUUCACUGUCGAAUCUAACUAAAUUGGAGAUACUUGACAUUUCUUCUAAUAACUUUUCUGGUGGCAUUCCACCUGAGAUGGGAAGCUUAUCAGAACUAACUCAUCUCGAUUUGUCCUACAAUCGACUCAAGGGUGAGUUGCCUCUUUCACUUUCAAAUCUCACUAAAUUGGAGAUACUUGACAUUUCUUGGAAUUACUUUUCUGGUGGCAUUAUGCCUAAGAUAGGAAGCUUAUCAAGAUUGACUCAUCUCAUUUUGUCUAACAAUCUAUUCAUGGCUGACCUACCUAUUUCACUACCAAAUCUAACUAAAUUGGAGCUUCUUGACAUUUCUUACAACAUCUUUUCUGGGGUCAUUCCACCUGAGAUAGGAACCUUAUCAGAAAUAACUCGUCUCGAUUUGUCUCACAAUCGACUCAAGGGUGAGUUGCCUCUUUCACUUCCAAAUCUCACUAAAUUGACAGAACUCCACAUUUCUUCUAAUGACAUUUCUGGUCCCAUUCCACCUGAGAUAGGAUGCUUAGUGAGACUAACUCAUCUCAAUAUGUCUCAAAAUCAACUCUACAGUGAGUUGCCUAUUUCAGUGGCAAAUCUCUCUCAAUUACAGAUGCUUGAAAUGUUUCAAAACUUGAUUCAUGGUGCCAUUCCCUCCGGAUUAGGAAACCUCCAAUCCUUGGCUGUUCUUGACUUGGGAAGCAAUAGCAUCACUGGUGUCAUUCCCUCUGAAUUAGGAAACCUCCAAUCCUUGGAUUUUCUUGACUUGAGCAACAAUGGCAUCACUGGCUCUCUUCCUUCAACUUUCAUUCACUUAACAAGAUUACGAUUCUUGGAAUUGGAAAAACUAUCUUCAAUCUGCGAGAUAAAUCUAAGUAGGAACUCAAUCAAAGGACAGAUACCUCUUGAUCUAGGAGAUGCUCCCGUUGCACAGCAUCUGACUAUCGACCUUUCUUGGAACAAUCUUUCCGGAAGAGUCCCUCAAUCUGUUUUUAAGUUGAGUAGCAUCAAUUUGUCCUACAAUCAUUUGGAGGGCCAGAUUCCGCUCGCUGUCUGGCGUAAGUUUCCGAUUGAAUCAUUCUUGGGCAAUCCCAUGUUACUUGUUCCAAAUGAGUCCAUGCCCGAAAGAGAAAAACAUCGAAACAAUUCAGUUACAAUUUAUGCUGUGGGGAUAGUAUUUGGCUGUGUGUUUCUGUUUUCAAUUUUCUUUGGAGUCUUUUUCUUAAGAAAGAAAGCAGCAGCAGCAGCAGUCACACCUGAUCCCAAACAUGGAGACAUAUUCAAGAUAUGGAAUUUCGAUGGCAGCAUGGCAUAUCAAGACAUCAUUGAAGCAACACAAGACUUUGACUUCAGAUAUUGCAUCGGAACUGGAGCCUAUGGGAGCGUCUACAGAACUCUACUGCCCACUGGAAGAGUUGUUGCUGUGAAAAAGCUUCACAGAUUUGAAGGAGAUAAUCCUACUUUUCACUCCUCUUUUAGGAAUGAAGCUAAGGUUCUCUCUCAGAUUCGCCAUCGACAUAUUGUCAAGCUUUUCGGCUUUUGUCUGCACCAGCGAUGCAUGUUUCUCAUCUACGACUACAUGGAAAGAGGAAGCCUCUUUAGCGUGUUGAAGGACGACGAAGAAGCCGUGGAGCUGAACUGGAAGAAGAGAGUAAAUGUGGUGAAGGGCAUUGCCAAUGCCCUAUCUUACAUGCAUCACGAUUGUAGCCCUCCUAUUCUACACAGAGACAUAUCAAGCAGCAACAUACUCUUGGAUUCAGAGUUUGAAGGUUGUUUAUCUGAUUUUGGUACUGCUAGAUUGUUGGAUCCAGAUUCAUCCAAUCAGACUCUAUUAGUCGGAACUCGGGGGUAUAUUGCACCAGAGUUGGCCUUCACAAUGGUGGUUACAGAAAAAUGUGAUGUGUAUAGCUUUGGAGUUUUGGCAUUGGAGGUCAUGUUUGGAGAUCACCCGGGGGAUUUCAUUUCCUCCAUGACGACGAUGAAGAGAUCCAUGCAGUUUGCUCAAAACAUGAUGGUGCAACAACUCAUGGACAAGAGGCUACCAUCUCUAGACGAAGAUGUAAGAAUGUCGAGGGAAGUGGUUGGAGUGGUGAAAAUAGGACUGAAAUGCAUAAGCUCUGAUCCAAAGUUGCGGCCGUGUAUGAAGGAGGUGUGUCAGGAACUCGCUAACCAUCCACCACGAUUGACAAUGCCAUUCCGCUCCAUAUCGGUGCUCCAUCUCAUGCACUCACUCUGAACUCACAACUUACAACUGCCAUCUUUUGGUAAUAAAUUUUCAGAUGUUCAGUAGCCAUAUGGAAAUGCCUCUAUUUUCUAUGUUUAUGUAUCAAGAUUCAAUAUAAAUGUUGGCAUAUGUAGCUUUGGAUUUAUACUAUUGGGUAUAGUUAACUAUGUUUAUGUGACUUGUAAAUUACUAUGUUCUUCUCCCCAAGGUAUAUUGCCACCUCUAGUUCUUUUG